AUGUAUUGUGAACAAAAUAAUCGAUUAAUAAUCUAUCAUGAUUAUCAUUUUCAUCAAGCUUAUCCUAUUGAAUAUCAAAAACAAGAAAUCAAUAGACAUAUUGAGAUUUUACAACAAUGGCUUGAAAAUAAUAUCGACAAAGAUUCAAUUGAUGAUGAAACAGACAACUAUUUUGAUUGUAUUGACAAAGAAGAAUUCGACAAUGAUGUUGAUAAUCAAUAUUUAGCAAUCAAUUGUCAAGAUCAUCUAUACGAUAAUAAUCUUGUUCAGAUAUUUACUAACGAUUAUUCAUGGAUCUCUGAGAUUUGGUUAUCAAUACAUCGAAAAACUGGUAAAUUACGUCGUUUUCUCAAUUAUUUUAAUCAAUCUAGAAAACGAUCAUUAACAAAUAUAGUUGAAGAGUUCGUUCGUAUAUACGGUGGAUCCUUUAAUCAUCCAAUUGGUUCUUGUUUUCAUAUAUCAUAUGCAAAUGAAAAAUGGCUUCUUAUUUUAAAAAAUAUCAAACUUGUCAAAUAUCCAGCAUAUCCAUAUCCUCAAACACGAAUUAUUUUUAUUCGUAAAGGUGUUUCAUUUAUAGCAAGAUAA